AGUCGGCAGGGGAGGUGUGUUAUUGUGUUUCAUGUCUGGGUGAUAUUCGUGAAGAAGAUAAAGUAGCGUUGAACCCGACCACUCAACCGCUAGUUCAUACAGUACAGAAAAGUGAAUUUUAUUCCAGGGAGGGGCAGGAAAUUACAGGGGACAGAGAUAAGCAGGGGCCAGCAGAGGAACACUGGGGCUUUCCACCAGAGGAAACCUGAGGGCGGAAAAAGGGGGUGAGCAGUAGAAAGGAGAGCUUUCUGUUUGUGCUGGGAGGAAAAGGGGAGAACAAAGGAGACAAAGAGUAAACAAUCCUUCAGUGAAAGGCUGAUGUCUUAUGCAGAACUAGUGAGAGAACAGGGGAGCGAUAGAGACUGAGAAGUAGUGUGACGGGUGUUACCUCACUAUGAGACUGACGCCAGCCAAGAUUCAUACUAAAGAGUCGAGGACCAAAAGUGUUUGAUAGAGUUCAGUCCUCUCUUUAAUAAUAAUAACUUUACGAGAAAAUCAUUGUUUUUACAAAUAGACUUUUAUUAAAUGGACUAUGAAGUCUGAAGUCUGAAGAAGUUACAGGGAGACUAAAUGGACCAGAGAUGACGGGACUGAAAUGCCACUCGAACAACUCUUCCAAGGAGGAAGGGAAAUGUAAAUGUUGUCCCAAAGGACAAUACGUUCAAACAGAAUGUGACUCUUCCAGAGAGACAACAUGUGCAAAGUGUCCACAUGAUACCUACGCUGCUGGACUGAACUACAUGAAUCAGUGUCUCCCCUGCAGGUUCUGUAAUGGCGCAAAUAACCAGAGGGUGUUGACGGAGUGUAAAGCCAGCAGCGACAGGCAAUGUGAGUGUGUGACUGGUUUCUACUGUGCGGAUCAGGGAUGUGACCACUGCCUACAGGUGGACACUUGCCCUCUGGGGUACGGCGUUUUAAACCGAGCCACCCGCUGGAAUAACACUGUCUGUGUCCCGUGCCAAAAUGGAACCUACAGCAAUGUGACAGACGCCCUCACCCCCUGUCAGCCACACACCAGGUGUGAAGCCUUACGAAGAGAGGUCAAAGUGGCUGGAACUGAUAAAGCUGACGCUGUGUGUGGUGACUUCCUGUCUGAGUGUCCUUGGAUACUACCUGCCAGUCUGUGGGCAGGACUAGCGGUGUCUUUACUCAUCUUCAUUUUGAUCAGCUAUUGGAGGGCUAAGCGUCCAUCCUACUCGCCAGCCAACUCCAGUGAUAAGUGUAUUCCUGUGAAGCCGGCAUUUCCUCCCUUUCCUUUGGCUGAGCUCAAUUUCCCAACAGAGUGCUACAGCCAAUACCAUGAAAGGCAGGAUGAGAAAGGCCCUGAACCACAUUUCCUUAACACAGAUGUUAUUCAGAUUAACGACUGUAUGUCUCACUGCCUGCUUGAAACGGAUGGCCCCACCAUCUCAAUUACACCAUCAGAGCCUGUUAGUCAACCUGAUCCCAGUACCACGGAGCACAACAGAAUUAACAUCGGACUUACCAGCAGCCAAUCGGAGCCACAGGAAGAUGAGUGGCCAGGGACAUAAGUCAUGAUUUUAUAUCUAGCUAUUUAAAAGUACUGGAAUUUUUUUCACUGAACAACAUCUUCCACAGCCUACUUGAACGUUAUUGGAUACCUUAGUCUCUUAUCUCUGCAAUGUAAAUAAGCAUAUAUUGAACUAUGAACAUUAUAUCAACAAUGUAUGUUUAAUAGGUCAGUGAAAUAAAUGCAACUGAGUUCAAACACCAUAAAAAUAAAAUACAUCUUGAAUGACGCAUGA